AUGCCUACCCGGAGCGGCGGACUGGACGACGGCCACGCGCUCAGCGACGGCAUGGACGGCGGUCAGAGGACGCGGCCGAAGUUGAACCUGUUGCCGAGAGGUUCGACGGCGGCCUCCGUGGAGAAGAAGAAGGACGAGGGCGAGGCGUCGCGGUCUUCGAUUUUCGGGGAGGCCCGCCCCGUGGACACGACUGCGAAGCUGCUUGAGAUCGAGGACAGGGCCAGCGCCAGGGCUUCGCUCGACGGACCGCCGGCGACGUCGCCAGCCCCGCCGCCGCCGCCGCCGCCGCCGCCACCGCCGCCGGUGCCGCCCCCCCCGCGGCGGUCGGGAUCCCCCCCCGGCCUGGGCCGCAGGGCGUUGCAGAAGCCGCCGCCGGUGCCGGUGGAGGUCGAACAGGAGCGGCAGGCACCUGCCGACGAGAUUCGCCUGGUGCAGCGGCCGCCCCCGCCGUCUGCUCCGGUGGACGCAGGAGACCAGAACUCCGAGGCGCAGGAGUACUCCGUGCUGCGAGCCGCGCCCGUCGUCGGUCAGGACGGCAAACCUCAGGACGGCAAACCGCAGCCGACUGUGGUGGCCGUGUCGCCGAGGGCCACGAGGGACUCUGCUGGGUCCGCCGAUGCGUCCGCGCCGGACCGCCCAGGUCGAGGCGCGGGCCGGCGCAACAGCAGAGAGGGCAGGGUCCAGCGCGGCAGCAGCGGGGACGGUGCCGGGUCGCGCCGGGGCAGCGAGUCCCUGGACCGCAAGAGCCGCGGAGGGCGCAGGGGCGAGAGGCGCGGACAGGACGACGGCAAGACAGCGGCUCGCCCUUCCGAGGGCGAGGGCCGGCCGCCACGCCCGUCCCAGCAAGCGCGUCCCCGCAAGCCCAGCGGGCGGGGAGGACAGCCCCCGCGCACACAGGAUCAGACCGAAGGUCAGCAAGCGUCAGGCGAGCCGUGUGCGGUCGUGACCAUUCCGGUGGCAGGCCCGCAGCGCGAGGUCCCGCGCAGUGAGGACGAGAAGCGCACCGCAGCCGAGACACCCGGGCGUUCGGCGCGUCCGCGAGGCCGCUCCGCAAGAGGGUCGCGGGAGCAGAAGGGCGGCCAGGGCAGAGGCGACGCGAAGGGUCGCGGCAGGGGCGACAAGCGGCCCACGGGACCCGACGUGCCCGCGGUGGCGCGCCAGCAGGGCCCGGCGGCGCGCACGGCGCCCGCGGCGAAGGUGCAGGACACGGUGGAGACGGCCAACAAAUUCGCAGCGCUGUCCAUGGACGACAGCUGA